GUUUAAUGGACUUAUCAUCCGUGGAGAAUAGGAUCAAUAGACUUCAUUAUCGGUGGAGAAUAGCCUCGGUCUGGUUUCGUGAUUUGUAGCCUCCAGAAUCGAAAUAAAAUGACAUUUCGGAAAAAUCGCCCAAAAUCUGUGAUGGUACCCCUUCGCAAUCUGUAAAAAAUUGACCCAGAAUAACUCCGCCCAAAUCGGUGCUUAAUGGACUUAGUCAUCGUUGAAGAAUAGUCUCAGGCCGAAUCCGUGAUCUGUAGCCUUCAAAAUCCAAAGAAAAUGACCUUUCGAUCAAUCCAAAAAUAACGAAAAUGCAAUCCGAAAAUAAAUUGGCCCACAUCGGUGUUUAAUGGACUUAUCGUACAUGGAGAAUAGGAUCAAUAGACUUCAUUAUCGGUGGAGAAUAGCCUCGGUCUGGUUUCGUGAUCUAUAGCCUCCAGAAUCGAAAGAAAAUGAAAUUUCAGAAAAAUCGCCCAAAAUUUGUGAUGGUACCCCUUUGCAAUCUGCCAAAAAUUGACCCGGAAUAAAUCCGCCUAAAUCGGUGCUUAAUGAACUUAGUCAUCGUUGAAAAUAGUCUCAGGACGAAUCCGUGAUCUGUAGCCUUCAAAAUCCAAAGAAAAUGGCCUUUCGAUCAAUCCAAAAAUUACGAAAAUGCUAUCCGAAAAUAAAUUGGCCCAAAUUGGUGUUUAAUGGACUUAUCGUCCAUGGAGAAUAGGAUCAAUAGACUUCAUUAUCGGUGGAGAAUAGCCUCAGUCUGGUUUCGUGAUCUGUAGCCUCCAGAAUCGAAAGAAAAUGACAUUUCGGAAAAAUCGCCCAAAAUCUGUGAUGGUACCCCUUUGCAAUCUGCCAAAAAUUGACAUGUAUUAAAUCCGCCCAAAUCGGUGCUUAAUGGUCUUAGUCAUCGUUGAAGAAUAGUAUCAGGCCGAAUCAGUGAUCUGUAGCCUUCGAAAUAAAAAAAAAAGACCUUUCGAUCAAUCCAAAAAUUACGAAAAAUUGCAUCCGAAAAUAAAUUGGCCCAAAUCGGUGCUUAAUGGACUUAUCAUCCAUGGAGAAUAGGAUCAAUAGACACCAUUAUCGGUUGAGAAUAACCUCGGUAUGGUUUCGUGAUCUGUAGCCUCCAGAAUCGAAAGAAAAUGACAUUUCGAAAAAAUAGCCCAAAAUCUGUGAUGGUACCACUUUGCAAUCUGCCAAAAAUUGACGUGGAAUAAAUCCGACCAAAUCAGUGCUUAAUGGACUUAGUCAUAGUUGAAGAAUAGUCUCAGGCCGAAUCCGUGAUCUGUAGCCUUUAAAAUCCAAAGAAAAUGACCUUUCGAUCAAUCCAAAAAUUACGAAAAUGGGAUCCGAAAAUAAAUUGGCCCAAAUCGGUGUUUAAUGGACUUAUCGUCCGUGGAGUAUAGGAUCAAAAGACUUCAUUAUGGGUUGAGAAUAACCUCGGUCUGGUUUCGUGAUCUGUAGCCUCCAGAAUCGAAAGAAAAUGACAUUUCGGAAAAAUCGCUCAAAAUCUGUGAUGGUACCCCUUUGCAAUCUGCCAAAAAUUGGCCUGGAAUAAAUCCGCCCAAAUCGAUGCUUAAUGGACUUAGCCAUCGUGAAGAAUAGUCUCAGGCCGAAUCCGUGAUCUGUAGUCUUUAAAAUCCAAAGAAAAUGACCUUUCGAUCAAUACAAAAUUAUGAAAACGCCAUCCGAAAAUAAAUUGGCCCAAAUCGGUGUUUAAUGGACUUAUCAUCCGUGGAGAAUAGGAUCAAUAGACUUUAUUAUCGGUGGAGAAUAGCCUCGGUCUGGUUUCGUGAUCUGUAGCCUCCAGAAUCGAAAGAAAAUGACAUUUCGGAAAAAUCGCCCAAAAUCUGUGAUGGUACACCCCUUUGCAAUCUGCAAAAAAUUGACCCAGAAUAAAUCCGCCCAAAUCGGUGCUUAAUGGACUUAGUCAUCGUUGAAGAAUAGUCUCAGGCCGAAUCCGUGAUCUGUAGCCUUCAAAAUCCAAAGAAAAUGACCUUUCGAUUAAUCCAAAAAUAACGAAAAUGCCAUCCGAAAAUAAAUUGGCCCAAAUCGGUGUUUAAUGGACUUAUCAUCCGUGGAUAAUAGGAUCAAUAGACUUCAUUAUCGGUGGAGAAUAGCCUCGGUCUGGUUUCGUGAUCUGUAGCCUCCAGAAUCGAAAGAAAAUGACCUUUCGGAAAAAUCGCCCAAAAUCUGUGAUGGUACCCCUUUGCAAUAUGCCAAAAAUUGUCAUGGAAUAAAUCCGCCCAAAUCGGUGCUUAAUGGUCUUAGUCAUCGUUGAAGAAUAGUCUCAGGCCGAAUCCGUGAUCUGUAGCCUUCGAAAUAAAAAAAAAAGACCUUUCGAUCAAUCCAAAAAUUACGAAAAAUUGCAUCCGAAAAUAAAUUGGCACAAAUCGGUGCUUAAUGGACUUAUCAUCCGUGGAGAAUAGGAUCAAUAGAUUUCAUUAUCGGUGGAGAAUAGCCUCGGUCUAGUAUUGUGAUCUGUAGCCUCCAGAAUCGUAAGAAAAUGACAUUUCGGAAAAAUCGCCCAAAAUCUGUGAUGUACCCCUUUGCAAUUUGCCAAAAUUUGACCCGAAAUAAAUAUGCCCAAAUCGGUGCUUAAUGUACUUAGUCAUCGUUGAAGAAUAGUCUCAUGCCGAAUCCGUGAUAUGUAGCCUUCAAAAUCCAAAGAAAAUGGCCUUUCGACGCCCACAAAAUUACGAAAAUGUCAUCCGAAAAUAAAUUGGCCCAAAUCGGUGUUUAAUGGACUUAUAAUCCAUGGAGAAUAAGAUCAAUAGACUUCAUUAUCGGUGGAGAAUAGCCUCGGUCUGGUUUCGUGAUUUGUAUCCUCCAGAAUCGAAAGAAAAUGACAUUUCGGAAAAAUCGCACAAAAUCUAUGAUGGUACCCCUUUGCAAUCUGCCAAAAAUUGCCCGGAAUAAAGCCGCCCAAAUCGGUGAUUAAUGGACUUAGUCAUCGUUGAAUAAUAGUCUCAGGCCGAAUCCGUGAUCUGUAGCCUUCAAAAUCCAAAGAAAAUGACCUUUCGAUCAAUCCAAAAAUUACGAAAAUGGCAUCCGAAAAUAAAUUGGCCCAAAUCGGUGUUUAAUGGACUUAUCAUCCAUGGAGAAUAGGAUCAAUAGAUUUCAUUAUUGGUGGAGAAUAGCCCCGGUCUGGUUUCGUGAUCUGUAGCCUCCAGAAUCGAAAGAAAAUGACAUUUCGGAAAAAUCGCCCAAAAUCUGUGAUGGUACCCCUUUGCAAUCUGCCAAAAAUUGGCCCGGAAUAAAUCCGCCCAAAUCAUUCUUAAUGGACUUAAUCAUCGUUGAAGAAUGGCCUCACAACAAAUCUGUGAUAUGUAGCCUUCAAAAUCCAAGGAAAAUGGCCUUUCGGGAAAAAAUCGCCCAUGAAAUUACGAAAAUGUCAUCCGAAAAUGAAUUUGACCAAAUCGGUGCUUAAUAGACUUAAAUCUUUGGUGGAUAAUAGGAUCAAUGGACUUCAUUAUUGAAGGAGAAUAGCCUCGGGCUGAAUCUGUGAUAUGUAGCCUUCAAAAACGAAAGAAAAUGGCGUUUAUUGAAAAUCGCUCAAAAUCGAUGAUGGUACCCCUUUGGAGUUUGCCAAAAAUGGAUCUGGAAGAAAUCCUCGCAAAUCGGUACUUAAUGGACUCAGUCAUCGUCAGGGUUCUUAACAGCACGCCUAGGCACUCGCCUAAUCUCGCCUGGGCGCAAGUCAGAAGGAAAGUGCCUUGCCUUGGCAAAAAGCAGUGGAGAAGGCGUCACAACCAUGUGGUGUCCUCGGUAGCACCUGCUCAGCAUUGAGUUGUGCCUCAAAAUGAUGUCACGAUGUUAUUUUCUACCUUUUGAUAUGCUACUAGAGAGGGCUGUCUUGAAUACUCUAUAGUUAUGCUAGAAUAUAGUUAGAGACGACAAUCAUUAGAUUAGCUCCUUCUUUCUUUUUUGCGCUUCUUCGUCUCAAUGUGCUUUGCUAUUUUUCAGCUUCUUCUUCCUUACUCAUUUCUCCACAGUAUGUUUUAUGUUUCACCAUGUGUUGUUGAUGAAAGUUUAGAAAUGAGAGGUAGAUAUGAUGAUAUUUGGUUUUAAAACUUGUGAUUCUAAGCACGUGGGAGAUAUUUACUACGUUUACAUCUAACGCCUAGGCGACGCCUAAGCAUGCUAGGCGCAAGGCAGAGUCUCAACGCUCGCCUUACGCUUAGCGCUUCUUUGAAACUUGGUCAUUGUUGAAGAAUACCGUCAUGUCGAAUCAGUGAUCUAGCCUUCAAAAUCCAAGGAAAAUGGACUUCCAAAAAAAAAAUAUUUUGAAAAUUACGAAAAUGCCAUCCGAAAAUGAAUUCGUCCAAAUUGGUGCUUAAUGGACUUAAUCUUUGAUGGAGAAUAGGAUCAAUAGACUUCAUUAUCGGUGCAGAAUAGCCUCGUGUUGAAUCCAUGAACUGUAGCCUUCAAAAUCGAAAGAAAAUGGCAUUUCAGGAGAAUCGUCAGAAAUCGGUGAUGGUACCCCCCGUUGGAGUCUGCCAAAAAUGGCCACGGAAGAAAUCCGCCCAAAUCGGUGCUGAAUGAACUCAAUCAUCGUUGAAGAAUAACAUCAUGUUGAAUCCAAGGAAAAUGGCCUUUCGAAAAAACUUUCGCCCAAAAAAUUAUGAAAAUGCCAUGCGAAAAUGAAUUCUCCGAAAUCGGUGCCUAAUGGACUUAAUCUUCGGUGGAGAAUAGGCUCAAUAUACUUCAUUGUCGGUGGAGAAUAUCCUCGGACGGAAUCCGUGUUUUGUAGCCGUAAAAAAUGAAAGAAAAUGGAGUUUCAGAAAAUCGCCUAAAAUUGGUGAUGGUACCCCUUUGGAGUCUGCCAAAAAUGGGCACGGAAAAUAUCUCCCCAAAUCGGUGCUUAAUGGACGUAAUCAUCAUUGAAGAAUAGCCUCAGACCGAAUCCACAAUCUGUAUCCUUCAAAAUCCAAAGAAAAUAAUGGCCUUUCAUCGCCCAAAAAAUCACGAAAAUUCCAUCUGAAAAUAAAUUGGCCCAAAUCGGUGCUUAAUAGACUUAUCUUCUGUGGAGAUUAGGAUCAAUAGACUUCAUUAUCGGUGGAGAAUAGACUCGACCUGAUUCCGUGAUCUGUAGCCUCCAGAAUCGAAAGAGAAUAGCAAUUCGGAAAAAUCGCCCGAAAUCUGUCAUGGUUCCCCUUUGGAAUCUGCCAAAAAUUGACCCGGAAUAAAUCAGGCCAAAUCGGUUCUUAAUGGACUUAAUCAUCGUUGAUGAAUAGCCUCAGGCUGAAUCCGCGAUUUGUACCCUCAAUAUCCAAAGAAAAUGGCCUUUCAGCCUCCAAAAAAUUACGAAAAUGUCAUCUGAAAAUAAAUUGGCCCAAAUCGGGGUAGUUACCCCUCUGGAAGCUGCACAAAUUUUACUGGAAUAAAUCCUCCCAAAUCGACACUUAAUGGACUUAAUUAUCGUUGAAGAAUAGCCUCAGACCGAAUUCGCGAUCUGUAGCCUUCAAAAUUCCAAAGAAAAUGGUCUUUUGUUG